AUGACUCCACCAGCUGUCAAAGGCAAAAGAAGAAGGAGCAUAUGUAACAAAUCCUUAGAUACAGAUCAACCGCCGUGGAAGCAAACCAAAUCCAACAUAAGAGACAACACUAGAGCCAACAACAGCAACACUAUCUACAACAACGUCAGCAACAACACAACAACACAUUACAUUGAUGAGAAUGCACAUAAAUUGACCCCAUUUGGCAAGUGGCGAGCAGCUCCUGUGGCACGAAGCCAAUCCUGUCUUCAGUGCAACAGUCUGUCCGUGUUGUCACUUCCGCUCAAUCAAACAACGGACUGCUUCUGGGAUGCAUUCGUGACGCAUAGACAGAGCGAAAAAUCAUCAACUAUGGAAACAGCCAAUGAGCCAACAUUUGAACAACCAUGGAGGAUUAUUAUCAUGAACAACCAUGGAGGAUCGUUAUCAAGAACAACCAUGUAUGCUGUUUGGUGCUAG